GCUAAAUGAUCCCCCCAAAUUCCACUCUAAAUCGGAUUCAAUACCACCACCACCUUAAUUAAGUCCUGACGAUUUGCUUCACGUGGUGUGCUACAUACUGCCACAAACUGCUACCUAUUUAUCUCGUCUACCUGGUUUAUCUAGGUGAUUUUCAAAUACAUUCUCGAUUCGGAGGCAACUAUUUUUUUUCUAACUGCCCCGUUAGCAGCUCACUUUUAGGGAUACCCGUAAUAUGAUUGCGUAUGGCGAACUUACAGCAGUGAUACAUUUCUGGGAACCUCCUAUUGUCUCCUUGCGCAUCUAAUUACCUAGGUAUUGCGUCGGCCCAGCCACAUCUAAUGCUUGAUUAUCUAAGGGGGAUAGCUUCUCUGAUUAUUUUGAUUUUCCCUUUUCUGAGAGAAUUCGGCCCGUGUCGUCACUACUACGACCGACCGACAUACUCCUUUGGCUAUACCUUAGGCUUCGGGAAAGCCUCGUCUCGUCGUCUUCUCUAAUCCCGAUCUUCUACCGCACGAUCGCCUCUCACCCUAGCACCAAACUCGCAUGCGCUCCUAAUAGGUGUUUCAGCAUCCACAAUCGACCCUUACGAUUACGCACCUCCUUUCCACAACACUCACAUAUCCCCUUUCUUUAGCCCACUAUGGGGUUCCUCGGCGUUUACAAGGCCAUAUAUGAUUAUGCGCCUCAGUCGGAAGGUGAACUUUCAAUAAGCGAGGGUGAUGUUCUUUACGUAUUAGAAAAGAGUGAGGAGGAUGACUGGUGGAAAGCGAAGAAGAAGGCUAGCGCCGACGAGGAGGACGAACCGGUCGGCCUGAUACCUAACAACUACAUAGAAGAGGCGGAACCUGUAGGACAAGCCCGUGCCUUGUACGAAUAUACUCGUCAGACCGAUGAAGAGCUUUCGUUUCCCGAAGAUGCCCAAUUGCAAGUCUUCGACACCUCAGACCCCGAUUGGAUCCUCGUUGGGCAUGAAAACGAUUAUGGAUUUGUUCCCGCGAACUACAUCGAGAUAGGCGCCGGCGGAACAGCAGCUCGGAGGGCCGAACCUGAACCUGAGCCUGAACCAGAGCCAGUGUCUCAGGCCAAGCCCGAACCUAUUUCUAUUCCCAUACCUGCACCUCCAAUUUUGCCUACACGACCUCCCGCUCCGGUCGAAUCAGAACCGGCUCAAAGCCCGCCUCUUCCGGAGAGAAAUGUGAGAUUUGCAGAAACCCCAACAUCACCGGCGUCUCCGACGUCCCCGCCGGACCCUGCUGCUACUUUAGCUCGUGCGAUGCAAGGUAGGAGUACAACUCGUGCGGCUACUCCCCCGCCUGUUACUCUUCCACCUCGACAGCAAUACCUGUCCGACGAGUCCGACGGCGAACCAAGUCCCGCUCUGCCAGAACGACCGAGAUCACAGUCAACUAUAUCAAACGACCCGCCUCCUUCAUCUCACCCAUCACAGCGGAUUUCUAGUCGUCGUGAUUACGAUGCCGAUUCUCAUCAAACCCAAUCUACCCGAAUUGCGCCCGGCGGUUUCCACUUGUAUAACAUUAACGAGAUGGUUUCUAUAAUGGGGAAGAAAAAGAAGAUGCCAACAACACUGGGUGUGAAUCUAAAGACAGGAGUUAUACUAAUCGCUCCUGAACAUGCUCAGGAUGGACCAACCCAAGAGUGGACUGCUGAUAAGAUGACACAUUACUCACGAGAAGGCAAGCACGUAUUUCUAGAAUUGGUUCGACCGAGCAAGAGUAUAGACUUCCACGCGGGCGCCAAGGAUACGGCCGAGGAAAUUGUUAGCGCUCUGGGAGAACUAUCUGGUGCCAUGAAAGCGGAAGGUCUACGAGAAGUUAUUAUGGCCGGUACCGGUCAAAGUGGACAGAAGAGAGGACAGAUUCUUUAUAAUUUCGAGGCACAGGGAGAUGACGAGGUUACAGUCGUUAUAGGAGACGAAGUAAUCAUUCUCGACGACACCAAGAGUGAAGAGUGGUGGCAGGUUCGACGCCUCAAGAGCGGAAAAGAAGGAGUGGUUCCAAGCAGUUAUAUCGAAAUCACCGAUACGAUCGCGACCUCGACCUCGGCGUCAGCAGGUAUAAAUGCCGGUCGGUCUACCGUAGCACAGAACCGAUUAGAGGAGGAGCGUUUGACUAAAGAAGCUAUCAAGAGGGAACAAAAAGCUGCAGAGGUAGGGCCUGGCAUGCGUUUGCCUGAGAGGCAUAGUAGUUUAUCAGCAAGGGACAGUGGUAACAGUUUUGGACAACAGCGCAACAAACGAGAAAACGGUCGAGCGGACAGUAGUCGAUCGGGCUCUAAGCCUAAACCGGAUCCGUCCAAGGUGCGAACUUGGACAGACCGAUCCAAGUCCUUCAGCGUCGAAGCCCAGUUCCUCGGUCUCAAAGAUGGCAAGAUCAACCUGCAUAAGAUGAACGGUGUAAAGAUCGCAGUCCCCGUUGCCAAGAUGUCAAUCGAGGAUAUCGAAUACGUCGAGCGUGUUAUGGGAGUGUCUUUAGACGAGGACAAACCUCUAUCGGAAGUCAAGCGUGCGAAGUCACAAAGAGCUAAUGCUAGCCGUGAAUAUUCUAGCAAAGUUGGUGCCUCUAUUGAACCAUCGAAGUCUGAUUACGACUGGUUCCAGUUCUUUUUGUCUUGCGAUGUUGCUGUCGGACUUUGUGAGCGUUAUGCUCAGGCUUUUGCUAAAGAUUCUAUGGACGAGAGUGUUCUACCUGAUGUGGAUGCUAGUGUUCUCCGUAACCUGGGACUCCGAGAAGGCGAUAUUAUCAAGGUAACGCGCUACCUGGACAAGAAAUUCGGUCGUGAUGGUAAGAAGAGGAACAUUAGCUUUGCCGGAGAUGAGGAGGAUGGUGGUUCUGGUGGACUAUUCUCUGGACCGGGCGGCACACUUCGAAACAAUACGCGAAAGGGUCGUCCCGCUCCGGCUGUCCAGACGAACGACAGUAUAGAUCCCAAAGCAUUCUCUCAGCAGAAGGAUGGUAGCGCACAAAGUUCAGAGGCAUCUUCGCCGGUUGCGACUCGUCCGAAGGCCCCCGAGAAGAAUAGCAGCGGUGGAUUCGAUGAUGAUGCCUGGGAUGUUAAGCCAGCGAAGCAAUCGGAGCCUGAAGCGAAACCGAAACCAACACCAAGCCCAGAGCCGAAACCAACGCCUGCUCAACCCCAACGCCCACCGACACAGGCUAUGCAAGAUCUUUCUCUACUAUCAGCUCCGUUAGAACCGACUAAGACAGUGCCCGCACCAGCACCUGCAGUUACUCUACCGCCACCACAACCGCUACCAGCGGUUCAACCCCAGCAAAUACAAGCUCAACCUCAGGGUGCUACGCCGGCGUUCUUUACUGGCAUCCCGCCGCAACAGACUGGUCUUCCGGCCACAACGGCUGCACCCGCUCAGCCUCUUAACCUCGGCUUAGGUAACCGACAAAGACCUCUACCACCCCAAGUGAUCGGAGCCCAGGGCGCCUUAAUGCCGCCGCCACCAUCUCGACCGUUGUCGGCACCACAAACAGCUCAACCUAGUGGGUUCGCUCCCCCCCCUCUACAACCUCAGAUGACAGGCAUCGCGCCUCCAGGACAAAGCCUGAACGAUCUCAAUCAACAACGGAUGCAGCAACAAUAUAUUGGUAACUUCCAGCCACAGCCGACGGGUCAGGGCAUGAUGCCGUAUCAUACGGGUGCCGGCAUGCAACCCCAACCUGGGUUUGGACCUGGCCAGUUUAUGCAACCUCAGAUGACCGGUGCACCGCAGACCCAAAGCCCAUUUGCGGACCCUCGUCCUCAACAGUUCUCACCUAUCCAGAACCAACCUACUGGGUUCCCGGGAGGUUUCCAAGCGCCCCAGCAGUUCCCUCAACCAACUGGUAUCAACUCGUACCUACCUCCAGCCCUGGAACCUCAACGAACGGGCAUGCCGUCUAUACAGCCGCAGCCUACCGGCUUCGGUGGUGGAUUCGGCCAAGGCUUCAACCCCGGCAUGAACAACAAUGCUGCACAACAGCCGCCACCGCCCGCCCCCCUCCAGCCUCAAAAGACUGGACCGGCACCCCCUGUACGUUUUGGUGUCACAGACAAGAUUGCCCCGCAGCCGACUGGACGUCGUGCGAAUCUUGCACAAGCUACUCCGCAAAAUCCCUUUGGUUUUUAAAGAGACCUAUAGAAAUGUUCUAGUCGACUAGGCACCGUAUAAAGUUGGCGUUUUUUCUAAAACGUCGACCGAUUCAGACAUGAAUGGAUGGGGGUUGGUUGGUUGAUGGGUUGGAAGCAAGCAGGAUGUCUAAUCUCACCGUGCUACAAACUACUUUACCUACCUAAUUAUACUACCUAUUGUGGUGGUUGUUGAUCAUCAUCCUCGACAUCGAUCGUCUGAAAUGUAUGUAUCUAUCUGAAGCAGUUGGAAUCUAUUUAAUCUCGAGAUGGACGGAAUCGUCCUCCUCCCUUAUCGUUCUCGAAAUGUUGUUAUAGGCGGGUGAAGGAUUUGAGGUGCAGGUGUGGUGAUUGUUAAGCAGUAAACGGAAUGCAUAUAUGGAAGAGCUAGGAAAAGAAGGGUCAUAGCAAAGCGAAGCGGGAUCAAUGUAUCGGAAUGGAAUGAGAUGUAUUUGGUCAUUGCUUAGACUUGGAUAUGUGGUUUACUUGUUAGAAUGUAGAGCCUGCUGAACCUCCCUUUAUAUAUAACAUACCUCAUAUAAUCUACCCUUUUAUAUCCCUCUACAAUAUUCUAAUAGGGUUGAUAUGUAUGGGAUAUGAACAUGAUUAUCUGGCUGUUAUAUCGAUUAAACAAGCCAUUUUUCAGAUAAAAAUAG